GAAAGAAAAUAGAAAACAACAAAAACAGAUUUUCAGGGGGGUUUUCUCUUAAGAGAGAGAAAAGCAUUGGAGGACAUGGAGAAGCAGAUCGACUUAUAUAGGAAAUCUUUCUACUAUUGUUGGGUAGAAAAAUGAGAAGAGAUAAGGUUGUCGUCUAUCUGGUUUUAGGACUACCUCCUAUGGCGUGAGAUUCCUCUAUGGAGAACAGUAGAUUAUGAGCUAGAAAAAUGAGAAGAGAUAAGGUUGCCGUGUCUCUGGUUUUUCUCUUCCCCUCCCCCGUUGCCCGACGUUGCUUCUAGGAAUCCCAAUUCGAAUCAGACAAACUUCUCCCUUGCUCUAAAAGAACUGUUAGAGCUGAAACUUAAGCCAUCGACGUGGCAUUACGGUGAGGUAAUGUCAAGUCAGGCAGCCGGAGUUGAACCAAAGGGGGAGUGGGGGAUUUCCUACCAGCCGGAGUUGAACCAGCGCUAGAAGGGGGCGGGAGGGGAAGAUAUCUCACGUGUAAAUUGUUGCACGUAGAAUUGAGGUGGUCACAUGAAAAUGGGACAACUGUCACCAAGUGAUUGGGUUAGUAGGAAAGCAAGCAGAAUGGGAUUAGUAGGAAAUCCGGAUUGAGUUGUAAGCCUCAAAAUAACAAAAAUCACAACACCCAUAAGUCUCUCGUUUUGGAAUCAGAAGAUUUACAGAGAUUAGAAAAGAAACAAAAAAGUAUAGCAUCCUAUCAACAGGGGCUGAACCACUCCUCCCGCAUCUCAGAAAUCACGUCAAGCCUCGCCCUUUGCUCCUGUAUCUCCAUGAGCUCUGCACAUCCCUCCCGUAACUGCGACAGUCUUUUCUGUUUCCGCACCACCUCCUCAAGAAGACUAGCUAUCGCAUCUUCACCCUUCUUGAUAGACACGUCCAGAAAUUUCAGUCAUUUAUGGAGGUCAGUUUCAUCCUGUGGAGACAAAAGACCAUGAUCUUGAAGCCAGCCUUCCAUUCAAAUAAUUCAUUAGCGAAUGCGCUCCAUUUUAAAGCCCAUCGUGGUGAAGGAAACACACAUCUUCAGCCACCGAGCGAAGAGAGGCCAAGAGAGUGAAUCUAUGGUCUGCGACAUGAUUGAGUUCAUUAGACCAACCGUUGUGUUCAAAGAGGUGCACAUCACCAUGGGGGAGAGUUCAGCCAAGGGGAACCAACCCUUCUGGAUGAUGAACGAAACAAUAUCCGAGGCACUGCGCAAAACGAUAAAAUGCUCCCAUUUCUGGAUGCCAUGUACGCUCACAGGAUCAACAACAACAAACCUGACGAGCACCAUUUCUCCCCUCUCAUUGUUAAGAUAAUGAUGAAGAGUCCUUAAUGUGUGGAGUUCAGGAACCUAUCCUGUUAUCUCAUCAGUUAGUUUCCUUAUUGUACUUUGUAUUUAUCACAUAGAAGUUGAUUGUAAUCACAACUCCUAUUCAAGGUAUAUAAAUAGACACCAGGGCAGAACCAUCAUGGACAGGUUCUUCCCAUUCUAUUAGUUUCUGUCUUCUGUUCCCUCUCUACUAUUUCUUUAUCUUGGUAUCAGAGCCAACGUCCUCAUGGCCUCUUCUGGAGAUUUUUCUCUUGCAUCAAACCAGGUGAGCUCAACUAUUGAUAACUCCAUUAGGCUGCCCCAACUUCCAAACAUCACCCGCUACAUCCCAGUGAAGCUAACCAGCAAAAAUUAUCUGUUGUGGAAGAACCAGUUUCUUCCUAUUCUUUACACCCACAAGCUGAUGGGUAUUGUCAAUGGCUCCACCCCUACUCCGCCCAAGGAGAUCGUUGAUCCCAGUGAUCCAUCGAGGAGUAUCCCAAAUCCUACCUUUGAGAGAUGGUUCCAGCUCAAUCAGUUAAUACUCAAUUGGCUGAUCUCAUCCUUGACAGGAAGCAUCAUGGCGCAGGUUAUUGGACUGCGCUCUUCUCAAGAGGUUUGGAAUGCUCUUUCCAAAUCUUACUCGACUCUCUCUCACUCCAGAAUUUUUCAACUCCAGCGCCAGUUACAAUCAUUGAGGAAAGGUACGCUCACUGUUAGUGAUUAUGUACGUCAUGCUAAAUCUAUUGCAGAUAACUUGGCUGUUGUGGCGGAACCGAUCUUGCCAAAAGAUCUCGCCAUGUAUAUUUUGUGCAGCUUGGGCUCAGAUUACAAGUUCGUAGUCACUACCGUCACCAAUAGAUCUGAUAUGGAGCAACUGGACGUCGAUGAUGUGCUCGGCAUCCUCUUGAACCAUGAGGCGCUACUUGAACAACGUAGCAGCACUGUCAACGAUCACACUUCACCCGCAGCCAAUGUUGCGAAUUUCAAAGGCAAAAACCAAGGUUCUCAGCAGAACCACAACACUGCGAACAGUCCCAAUUCUGGAAACACUCGAGGUCGUGGGAGAGGAUGAGGUUCAGGUCAGUUUUUUAAAACAAUGGCGGCCGUGGAAAAGGGACAUCCAACGUAGUCUGCCAGUUGUGCAACAAACUUGGACACGUGGUUGCUAAGUGCAGGCGCAGGUUCGAUAUCUUCUACAACAAUGAUGAAUACAAUUCUGUUGCAUUUCAGAGUGGGAUGUCGUUUACCUAUGACCUGACAUGGUACCCAGACACCAGCGCAACUCACCACAUGACCCCGGACGCCGAUAAUAUUCAGAACCGGUCAGAAUAUAGUGGCAAUGAUCAAGUCUGUGUCGGUAAUUGGUCAGGACUACAAGGGGAGAACAAUUCUACGAGGGCCCAGUAGAGACGGUUUAAAUUGCUUCCUAGAUUCUUCAUCAAAUAAGUCUCAUUCAGCGUUGGUUGGUGAAAAAGUCUCAGUUGAUGACUGGCAUCGACGGCUUGGACAUCCGGCUCUUCGGGUUGUGAGGCAAGUUUUGUCUAAGUAUGGUUUACCUUACAUUGGUUAGUUUAGACGUCAAGCAGUAUGUGAGUCCAGUUAGUUAGGAAAAAGCCGCAGGUUGUCAUUACCACCUUCUAGUUUUGAGUCCAAAAGACCUCUGGAGUUGGUUUUCUCAGAUGUUUGGGGACCAGCUCCAGUUGAGUCUCAAUAGGGUUUCAAAUAUUAUGUAAUGUUUGUUGAUGAUUUUAGUAGAUUCUCCUAGAUUUUUCCCAUGCGUAAUAAAUCAGAAGUUUAUGAUAUUUUUGCCAAUUUCAAAAGACAUGUUGAAGUCAUGUUUGAUGUAAAAAUCAAGAAUUUCCAGUCCGAUUGGGGAGGAGAAUACAGAAGACUCUCUAAACUACUUGACGAAUGUGGAAUUAAUCACAGACUUGCUUGUCCUCUCACCCAUAAACAAAAUGGCACCGUCGAAAGGAAGAAUCAACAUAUUAUAGAACCAACACUAUCUCUACUGGCCACCUCGUCUCUUCCCUUUCGUUUUUGGGCCAAUGCGGCUAUCACAACUACUUUUCUGAUUAACAGAAUCCCAAGUCCAGUGAUUGGCGGUAAGUCACCAUAUGAGAAACUCUUCAGAAUGACUCCAGAUUACAAAAUGUUGAAGAUAUUCGGUUCUGCAUGCUAUCCAUUUCUUCAACCAUACAACACUAAUAAGUUCAACUACCAAUCCAUGAAGUGCAUCUUCUUAGGUUACAGCAACAGACACAAAAGCUACAGAUGCUACCACUCUCCCAC